UUAUUUUAAGCCUCAGUAUCUCAAAUGUCAGCCCCUACUAGUUGUACAAUUCUUUCUUAUUUGAUAUCACAGAGCCCAAUGGAGCCUGCUGAAGUACCCAGUCCGUUUAGCAAAGAAAAUUUUUUAGAAAUUCCUAAUUUGUCUGAUUCUCCUUGUGAAGAUGAAGAAGUUAAAAGUAACUUCAAACCUGGCUUCUCUCCUCAGCCAAGUAGAAGAUGUUCUGAGUCUUCUGAAGACAUGUACCUGGACACACCAACUUCAGGUACCAGAAGAGUUUCAUUUGCAGACAACUUCGGAUUCAAUCUCGUGUCCAUUAAAGAAUUUGAUUCUUGGGAAUUACCAAGUGUUUCCACAGAUUUUGAAUUGAGGAAGGAUAUUUUUCACACUGAAGAAUACAUUUUAUCUCCACUAUUUGACUUGCCCUCUUCAAAAGAAGACCUUAUGCAACAACUUCAUGUACGGAAAGCAAUACUGGAAUCCACUGAAUAUCCUCCUGGGUCGACGAGUAUGAAGGGUAUUAUUCGAGUUCUGAAUGUUUCUUUUGAGAAGUUAGUGUAUGUGAGAAUGUCCUUAGAUGACUGGCAGACAUAUUAUGACAUUUUAGCUGAAUAUGUUCCUAAUUCAUGUGAUGGUGAAACUGACCAGUUUUCCUUUAAGAUUACAUUGGUUCCUCCUUAUCAAAAAGAUGGCAGUAAAGUUGAGUUUUGUAUACGAUAUGAAACUUCUGUUGGUACAUUUUGGUCAAAUAAUAAUGGCACAAAUUAUAUAUUGCUUUGUCAAAAGAAACAACAAGAGCCAGAGCCUGAGAAGCCACAGGAAGAAGUUUCUGGUAGACAAAAAAAAGGCUGCUUAAAGGUAAAAUCAAGUAAAGAAGAAUCAUCAACUUCAGAAGAGAAUAAUUUUGAGGAAUCAAAGUUUAAAGACACUGAUAUCCCAACAAUUGUUUGUUCUCAUGAGGAUAAGAAAGACGUGGAAGCCGGUAACCAGAAUGUAAAAGAUAUAAACAGGGAACAUGAUGAACAUGAUGAAAAAGAAUUAGAGUUGAUGAUAAAUCAACACUUAAUAAGAACUAGAAGUACUGCUUCCAGGGAUGAAAAAGAAACAUUAUCAUCAGAUCCAGUCAAUUUUCCAAAUAAGGCUGAGAGGUUAGAGAAGAAAACCCAUGGUGAACUAUGCACUGACUUGUUGGAAAGUCCUUUGUCUCCAAGUUCAUUGGAAGAAAGCUCCUUAAAGGGAGGCUCUUAUGAUGAUGAAAAAUAUUCUUCAAGAAAUGAACAUAGUCAUCAACUUUCAGAUACUAGUAGUGAUGAAUCAGUGCAAGUGCACAUUGAUAGCAAAGAAGUCUUGGAUGAUAAUGCUAAUCCAGCCCACAUGAGUGUCAGAGUGAAAAUAUCUUGCUCCUCCCCAGAUCAACAAAUAGAAGGUGACCUCAAUGAAAGUCAUGAAGGAGGAGAUAAGAAAAGUGAAAUAAAGGAUUGGGAAUGUUUAAGGAAAGAUUUCCAUGCAAGUUCAUGUGCAUAUGCUGAACAACCAUCAAAAAAUGGAUCUUUGAAGGAAGAUUACAGCAAAAUUAAAGAUGAGAAGGAACAAAGAGGCCACUUAAGCGUUAAUAAAAAACAAAGCAAAAAUUUUCAUUCAUCCUUGUAUGACCAAGAAAGAAAAUUGGGCCACUCCGAAAUAAGUGUGGAAGGGACUGAAACAAGGAAGACAGGCUCAACAGCUCUGUCAAGCAAAGAUGCCUCAGUUCCUGGCCAGGCAAUAACAGUAGGUAUGUUUCCUUCAUCAUGGACAAAUUUAAAUUGGGAAGAAACUACAUUAAUGGCUCCAGAGAGUGGUCACUCCACUGGUAAAGGCACGGUUUCAGAAGGGGUAACUAGGGAAGUCAGUUCAUCCAAAAAUAGAAAUAUUUUGAGGGAUGAUUAUCUUUUCCAAACUGAAGGAGAAAAAUCAGAUUGGAUUAAUCCUGAAGAUUGGAGUAAAAAGUCACAACAUAGACAAAAUUGGAAUAUUCUACAAAGUCAGGGAGAGAUAAAAGGGAAUACAACAAAUAAAACAGAGCAGAUCAGAGAACAAGCAGCUUGUAAAGACAUGUGGGAGAAAGGAGAGACCACGAGCUUAAAUGUUACUCCUACAAGAGAGCUGUUUACCUGCCAAGAAACAGAGUGUGAUGAACUGUAUUCUCCAGCUGAUCAUGGUGUUACUGAGAAAGCACAAGCAGGAGCAGCUUAUAUAAUUAAGACAACAUCAGAAAGUACCCCAGAAAGCAUGUCUGCUAGAGAAAAAGCAAUAAUUGCUAAGCUACCUCAAGAGACAGCACGAAGUGACAGGCCCAUCGAGGUAAAAGAAACAGCGUUUGAUCCACAUGAAGGGAGAAAUGAUGAUUCACAUUAUACCUUUUGUCAACGAGAUGCAGCAGUUGUAAUCUAUGACAAUGAAUUUGAAAGGGAAUCACAUUCAAAUAUUUGUAAUGUACGUACAGAUAAAACAGAGAAGGAGGAAUCCAUGCAUAUGUACACUCCUGGGGAGACACAUGACAGAGAGAAACAAGGUGCUGGAAAUAUAACAUCUGUAGAAGGAUCUUCCCAAGUCAUUACAAGCAGUCAAAAGGGAAGCUCGAACCUGGAUUUACACUUGGAAGUAUUAUCAACAAACAAAAGAAUAUUUUCAGAAAAUAGUAAUCUUGGGCAUGUACAAACAUUAUCAAAGAAAACAGAUUUAGAAACUGUUGUUCACUCUGCUUUUAACUCAGGCACAAACAGAGCUUCUCAGAAUGGCUCUAGCAUUUCCAACCACCAUCUUAAAACUUCAGUAGCAUCCUAUGAACAAGCUGUCGAGAAUACAAUUGUCACCACGAAUCUCCAAUCUACUUCUACUGAAUCAGAAGAUAAUUAUAACCCCCGGGAUCAUCUGGGGUCUAAACUCAAAGAAUCUUUCACAGGUUCAGGAAAUUCAUCAGGUUGCAUGGGACAUGUUUUCCAAACAGAAGAAAGCAGUGUGGAAAAAUCUGUAGAGCCAAUGAUUUUAACUAGUGAACCUCUUGAGAACACGAAAGGAGCGAGGAAUGAAAAGCAAGAGUUGUUCAGUUCUGGACUUUCACAAUAUUCUUCAGGUGACAGAAGAUCUGAGAGCUCUACUUCUGUCGGUUUCCCUGUCCAGGAAAGUGAAAUUCAAAGCAGUGAAUCUCUGUUCUCAAAAUAUGCCAAUUCCAGAAUACCUUAUUUUCUUUUGUUUCUGAUAUUUCUCGUAACCGUCUAUCAGUAUGACCUAAUGAUCGGCUUGGCAUUUUACCUUUUCUCGUUGUACUGGCUUUACUGGGAAGAGGGGAGGCAAAAGGAAUCUGUCAAAAAGAAGUAACCAUAGUGCUAGUACUAAUCUUUCUUAAAAGAUAAGCUAUUUAGCCUCAAACAUUUGGAUUGGUGAAAGAGACUAUUCAUUGUUCAAGGAGCCAGUGCAGUUUUUCUCUUGAAGGAUCAUUUAAAAAGGAAUGCGUAUGAAGUUUGCUCCUUCAUAUAAGUAAUUAUUCUAUAUAGGACCAUUAUGUCUGGAUCAUUAAAUACCUAUAUGAAUAUGAGAUCUGAAGCACGUCAAGUUGAAAUUAGGUACAGCUGUUGCUCCUUAGCAGGCUAUGAAGUUGCAAUGCUUCACGUCUCUUCACUACUUAAAGAGCUAUUUCUUGCCUUCAUUUCUUUUGCAGUAAAGCUUCAUUUUUUUUGCUGUGAGCACUUUUCCCCCCUGUGGUUUUUAAAAAUAGAUAAAACAUGGACAAUGGCAAAGGAUUCUUUUUCCGUCCUUUUGGAAUUGCUCAUGAAAUUUCCAUUUGCGACUGUAAUAUAUUAACAAUAUUUCAUACUUCAACUUCUGUUUCUUACUUUUUAAAAAAUCACCAUAUGCAUUAAACUACAUGAAGUUAAAUUACAGAAAAACAUUAUAUUCAAUACAGUUAGACUUUAUUCGCAUGUAUCUUUUAUCUACAAAGGCUGAACUUUAAACAUAAGCCCAAUUUGACAAACACUGAACCAAAUGGGAAGUUAAUUUCUAACUUGUCAAAAUUUUGUGAGUAGCUUGUUUUUGAACAAUGUUUUUCUCUUAUAAAGAGAAACUAUAACAUAGAUGGAACAAUUUCAAUAUGAACUAUUAUUGGAAGAUGAAAAUUUAAAUGAACAGUUCCCACAAGCAUUACAUCAGAGUGACUCUGUACCUAUAAAAUAUAAAUCAUUAACAGAUAAUAAUAAAAAAGAUAUCCAAAUGAAUUUUUUGCUCUAUGUUGUAGUAUUUUUGUCUUAAAAUAAAGUUCAAAUCUUUUCCUUAUAGUAUCACAAUGGACAGUCCUCCAAAGUAUAUUUAGAGAACAAACUUCUAGUCUUUGAUGAUAUUCACAAUCUGAUUCCAAUUAUGAAAUAAUCACUCAAAAUUUUAAGUACCUAAAUAGAUACGUGUGGAAAUCUAUUGAAUGAUAAUUGAAGAAUGAAAGAAUAAUAAUUAUCUAUAGCGAAAGGAGUAAAAUAAUUAUUUACUUAGGCAGCAAUGAUACAAAAAUUUAUAUACAAUUUGUUUCAACUAUAUUGAAGGCUAUAAUAGGCAAAAUAGUAUGUUCUGUUCUAUGGCAUGGUACUUUCUUUGACAGUUUGCACAGCUAUUUCUGGGGAUAGGUAUGAUCCUUUGGUCUGAAGCAUUAUAAGAAUGUCACACAGAAGGAGCCUAUUUGGAUGAUUCCUUUUUCAUAGGAAUUUAUUUCAUGAAACAUAUAACAUUGAUCUUCCAUUUACCAAAAAGUAAGUUUGGUAGGUAAUAUUUGUAUUUAUUACCCCACAGAGAGUUAUAUAUUUAUGAAAAACAGAACAAUAAUGACACAUUUAGACUGACUUUCAUUUGUUAGUCAUGAUUUCUUUCAUUUUCAUUAGCUAACACAACUAUUUCCCAAUGCACUCAUUGCAUGAUACUCUGAAGUAUCAUUGAAAAUGAAUGCUUGGCUUUACCUCUUUAGUUGACCAAAUAUAAAUAUCUUGAAGUGGAACUUAGAGCAAAUAUUUGGUUGUUUGAUAAAGUGGAUUUUCAUUAAGCACUAGUGGAAUACUUUAAAGCAUUACCUAGAAAUUAUCUCUAAAAUGGCUGUCCUGAUACUGUUGUUGACAAUUCCAAAUUACAAUGGAAUCAAGUUUACUCUUUCUUUAGUUCUUCUACAUUUUUAAGAGUUUUAGUCAAUAUUUCUGUCACAUUAAUACAAAAGAUACUGUACUACUUUAUGAACACAGGUGACCAAACUGGAAUUAUUCCCAUAAAAGAACAAUAUAACUUUUAAAAAACUUUUAUGACUUUUGGCAACAUAUUUUCCAAUCCUUCAGAUACAUUUAUAGCAAGAAGAAUCAGAAUUUCAAAAGAUUUAAAAUAUUAUAUUGUGUGUUUUUUGCAUGCAGUGAAGAAAUAAUUGAUUCCUGAACUUAUUUUACAAAAAUAUACUAAGGAAAUUUACAUGAAGUCAUAUGAACUUGUGAAAUUACUGCUAGAAAAAAAGUUAGACUUUUGUAACCUGUUUUGGUCAUUUCACUGGGUUGAACAAGAAAAGAAGGCCUCAGAAAGAACCAGCAUAAAGAUUUGGCUAUGAGUGAUUAUGUUAGGGGUCAUCUUUUAAUCAUAGCUACCUAUACUAUGCGUUACCAAGUAUUUGGUUAACGGCCAAUGGAGGAAGUUGUAGGAGAGAUAACAGAGGGGUAUAUGGCACAUUUCAUUCAGAAGCUGAGCAAGAAAUACAACAUAAUCACAACAUCUCUGAUUUCCUUGAGGCUCUAGUUGUUAGUAAAAAGACAUAUCUUUUAAAAAUUCAGAUUCGUAUAACCAUCGAUGUUACAAAAUAUUACUCAGUCAAAAGGAAAUGAACAAGUAAGGUGGAAGUGACUCUUGAAUAUUAAUGAAAAUUGUGUUAAUAGAACCAUGUUACUGUGAUGAGCUUCACUAUUGUGAUAGGGGAUUAUUUCAUGGAAUAUUUAUAUUUGUAUACUUAAUAUCAUUUUAUGAAAGAAACAGAAUUUUUGUCAUUUUAAACCCGUCUUCCAGUUAAAUGGAAAACUUAAACAUAUCCAGUCAAAUUUGGGGAAACAACUAUUUUGGGUUUUUUCAAAAGCAUUCAUAGUGUUCUCUCCAUAUGUUUUCCUGUAUGAACAUUAUUUCAAAUUCAUUUGUCUUUUGUCAUAUUAAGCUCCCUAUUUGCAGGCACAUAAGUUAAAAAAGUAAACAGAACCAUAAAAAAAAAAAAAAAAAAAAACAAAAAAACAAACACCUUACAGAACCAGUAAAGACGUAGGUGGGUCCCUCCAUUGAUUUGUCUAUUUUAACUGAUUCCUCAGUUUUCACUGAGUGAAUAUGGAAAUUGAACUGGGAAAUAGGGAUCUUCCAUUGUCAUUUGAAUCCUGUCUUGGCGAGUUCCUGUGGAAUUGAAGAAUAAGACGGAUUUAGAUUCCUCAACAAGUUUGGAAGUCACUGUGACUUCAUGUUCUCCAGAUAUCUCCUUGUUUAGGUAUCUAUAGAGAAAGAAUGACUAAAAUGUUAUUUUUAUCUAUUUGAUUAAAUUUAUACUUUUUAUGUUUCAAAAAAUAAUAGAAAUCUGAACAAUAUAAUUUACUUUUUGUACUAAGAAAUAGACUUAGUCAUUGAUUCAAUGUGCCCACAAGAUUUUUCAAAUCUCUUAAAAAUGCUCAUGAAAUUUUCACGAGGUUUUCAAUCUAGUUUUAAAUGUACACAUAUUUCCGAGAAAUGUGUUUAUUGUAGUGUGCUAAAACCUUAUUAAACAAGAGUUCUAAAAAUAAAGUACAGGUUAUAAUUUUACAUUAUUUCUAAUUUGUUAAGUGCACACAAAGUAUAUUCAUUUUUAAAUAUGAAACAAUGCAUUGUUUUAAAAUUGAAUUAAAAAUCCCUAUUUUUUUCUAAUAUACUUACUUCUUUAUAUUCAUGAUAAUAAAGAAGGAGACAUCGAUAAGUCAAGAGAGGAUUGUGAAGAAAUCAUUUGCAUUUGGUCUUGAUGGCUCGGAUCUGAUAUUGUAACAGAUUAUAUUGCCUAAUUAAAUUUCUCAUCUUGGUUGAAUUUGGUGCAUUGUUCUUCUUACCCAACUCAGAAUAUGACUUUAUGUGUGUACAAUGUGACUUUGCUUGCAUGUAUCCUUCUGCCUAAAGGACACCUUUGAUUAUUUCUACCCUUCUCCUCAUACCUAAUUCUACACAUUUUCCUAAGAACAGUUCAAGCUGUCAUCCUUUUGUAGUAGCCUAUUGUAAUAUCCUAGUAUUUCAGAGUAUGAGGUCUCUAGUCUCAUUUCUCUUGCAACACUAACAUCCUCCUUGCAUGCACAGAACAUUUGCCUGCCCACCUUGACUGAACUCUCGGCUCAUGACAAGCACAAAGGUUUUCCCCUCCUGCUCUUCAAUUCUAAAGUUUAAUAUACAGAAAAUAAUGUAUAUAUUAUAUACAAAAAGCACAACAAUAUCUAUGUUUAUUUGCUGGAUAACUAGAAAAUUAACAAAACAAGAUAUGUUUUCACAUAAACUAACUUAGUAGUUUAAAACCAGCAAACAUCACAAGGUUUAAAGUGCAUGAAACACAAUCUUCUCAGCUGCUGUCGUGCCCUUUAGAAAAGGCUGAUCUCUCCAUUUCACACCUGUUCCACAUGUCAAACUUUAGGUAAGCAAACUAGAAAAAAAUAAGCAGUGGAUUUUCAAUUAAAAAAAAAAAACAUUCAUCUGAUUUACAUACACACACAAGCACACACACCUGGUAUGACAUCCGAUAAAUGACAGGAACAUAGUAAUAUUUAAAUAUUAUAUCUUGUGAUAUAUAUAAAAUUUGGAUAUUUAUCCUCUGCAAAAUUUGGAGGAGUUUCAUCUCAUUAGGAUUAUAUAUAAAAUUAAAAUAACACAAAAACAUGCCUAUUUUUUAAGUCCCAAAAUAGGCUGAGUCCUAAGAAAACAAUAUGCAAUAAAUGUAAAUAAGUGUCAUAUAAUAGUGUGAAAGCCAAGUGCAUGUAUAUUACAUUAUGGAAUUCAUUAACAUCUUGUAUUAGUUAACAUGACUCUGAGUUAAAACAGACUUAAGGUUUUCUAAAGACAUACUCUGUUAGUACUUAAGUUUCUUCAUACAACAACAGAAAUGUUCUAUGUUAAGUAAUUCACAAUAUAUUUUUAUUAAUUUUAUGUAGGAGGCUUUUCUGUAAGCAUUGAUAAAAUAUUUUAAGUAAGAAACACAAAAAUCAUAACAUAAUGUAUCUUUAUGUACAUGCACAUGUACAUACUCCCUAAAUUGAAUGUGAACUCCAUGUACUGUUUACAAGUACUAGUAAAAUAAAAAUUUUAAAAUAUCAAAAUGAAAAAGAUAUAAAACAUUUAAAUUAUUCCAUAAACUUUUGUAAAUGUUGCUUAUUUUUGCAAAAAAUUAAUUUUGUUAGUAAAUGAAUCCUUGGGAAGUUCAAUUGCUUUUUUAUUGAUGCAUAAAAAUUUUUAAUUUUAAGUAAAACUAUAAUGACACCUACCUGGAUGGAACAAAGGUUAAAGAAUGUCAUUUACUUUUGAAAUAAUUGCAAGUGGAAAUAUUCUAAAUAAAUUUUCAAUCUUUAAAAUUUGGAAAAGAAAACAAGGUAGGAGAUAAGAGAUUUCAUGUUUUCUUCACCUUUAUUUCACAGUCUUUAAUGUGUUGGGUCAAACCUAUACUUCAGUUUAAGCUAGUUAGUGCCUGUCAAGUGAAUUAUUUGGGCUAUUGAUAUCAGUCCAUUCUUAAAAUAUUAAAGUAUAAUACUUAUAGCAUAAAUAAGGUAUCAAGUUAUAGUUUUAGUUUAAUUUUUGAGUAAAGCAUAUGUGUGUGUCCACUGAUCUGUGUACAUGACAUUCAAUUUUUAAUAAUAAUAAUAAUAUCCAUAGCAAAACUGGAUUAUAUUGAAAGUUUAUAAUGUAUCGCGCACGAGUUGUAAGCUUUAUGUGAAAUAAUAUUUGUCAGAAUUUGAUGGGAGAAGUACAGUUGAAACAGAAGACAGCAUUAAUUUUCCAAGGUCAUGGAGCUACCAGGUAUAGUACAUGGUAAAGUCUAUAUUUGAACACUUAGCAAGCCUUCUCCAGGGUUGAUUCUCUUAACCACUGUACGACAUUUCUCUCUUCAUUCUGAACACAGAAUUACUGAAUGAAUUGCACACUUCUAUGUCAACAUGCUAUAUGGUAUUACAUUCAUGUAAGUACAUUAUGUGUGGCACAUCACAUUUCUUGCAUAGUUCCGUCUUUAUUAAUGCUUCUCAAAAUCUAAAAUUCUUAAAAUAUUCUAUUCAUUUCUAUUAAUUUUUAUUUAAAUAAUUUCAGUUCAAAAAAACACUUGCUAGAUUCCUUCUAGGUUACAAACAAUGUGGAAUAAGAUAUUUUACCUAACUUGAAUAUAGUAAAAGAGAGUCAUAAAGCAGUAACUGUAAUAUCCUGUGACCAGUUCAAAACCAGGAGUUUAGAUUAGGAACAGAAGAAUCAUGGACAAAAGACUGCUUGGUUUUGUGAACAUUUUAAGAGAUUGUCUAUCUUUUUAUCAUUUUAAUUUUAGAGAUCAAAGGAAUAACAAUAAAACCAUUCAAAUUCCUUUUGUAUGCAUAAGAGCGAGGAUUAGGAUAUAUCUUAACAUGAUAGUUAAAAUGCUUAUUCAUGCUGUGUAUCCUUCUUUAAUUAACAGCACCUUUUAACUUGGAAAAUUAUCAUGGCUUAGAUGACAAAUAAUAAGAUCAGCCUAAACAUUCAAGACAACAAUGUAGCCACUAUAUGUAAAUAACUCCGUCACAUAAACCAGAGGAACAAAUUCCAAGCCAAACUCUUUUAUCAAUAAGCUAAAGACUGUCUUUAAGGUCAUAAAAUAUAACUCUGUAAUGUAUCUAUAUUAUUAAUAUCUAUAUUGUUGAGUAAAUGUACCAGAUCCUUGAUCAGCUCAAGUAAAGUCAUAUCUUUGAAGAUUAAGUAAUGUAGAGGACAAUGAGAAAAUUUAUUAGAAAGUACAGGAGUCAUUUACACACUGUCAUUAGGUGAUUAAGUAUUGUUACAUUCUGGAACCAGAUAUUCAGCCUACUUGAAGGGCUCAGGGCAUGAAAAUUCCAUGAUCUAAAAUAAGCAAAAACAAUGAAGCUUUUGUAAAGGUUGUAGUGGCCACUGUGCAUUACUGAAAAUGCUAAUGUUGCUAGAAACUAUAAUAUGUAGCCUGCUUAUCAAAAGAGAAAUAAAAAGUUGUAGAAUAGUAUCUAGGUUGUGUUAUGGCACUAUAAUAAUUUCUAGUAAGGCAAUACUAUUAGAAUAGUAAAUUAAAUGAAGAGUAAAUGAACAGCACAAAAUACAAAAUGAGGCAAAGUCAUUUAAAAGUAGAAUCAGUGUUACCACAUCUUUGUUGACUUUUGCAAUGUCUUUAACUUUUGGCCUUUCUUCAUACUAGAAUUUCUUUGCGAGGUAAAUGACAAUGGAACUUUCCCUCUGCUACUUCUUAAUAGAUAUUUGUAUUUGAAGCUUAUUCUAAAAACUACUUGUUGUGGCUUUUGUCUAAAUGUUCCUCCAAAGUUGUGUGUGUUCAUGGGUGGGGCUUCUCAGAGCUAGCUUGAUCCAUGCGUGAUGUUGGGAUUCGAUGUGUGAUGCUGGGAAUAAGGGAGGGUUAUUAAUAAGUUAGCCCACCACUACCAUAGUUCUGGGUGUGGAUGGUAAGACCACCCUAGUCAUGGGGAGGGGCACCACCAAAAGGGUGGGAAACUUGGACUGGAUAAAAGGGGAAGCAGGCUGCUGCUGCUGCUUCUGCGUGAAGUAAUCUUCAUUGCUUUCUGCCCACCAUAAGCUGUUUCUCUUUUGUAAUGCCCCUCUGCCACGCCACCCUGUCUUGGAGCCAUCCAGUUAUCAACUGUGAGCUUUACAAUAAAUCUUUCUGCCUUCAA